AGAAGUUUAUACCACUCCAAGUCGAAGAUAUCAAAGACGCAGCAAAAUGUUUCCUUGCAACGACACCAUGAAAUUUGAAGCCGAGAUCUUGUCCUUCUCUAAAUCUGACUCUCUCUCUCUGGACUGAGGGUUUAAGAUGAUUCCACAGUCACUCUUUUGUUGUUUUUCCUUUUAUACCUGAGAUCUCUGCUAUGUAAUUCCACAAUGGUCAAGUGAUACUUUCACUCUGGUUCACUGUUUUGUUAUGUUCAAUAAUAAAGAGUUCGAGUUUACUUGUGUCGAACUUUUGAUCAAUCAAACUGCAAAUGUCAUAUAAUAAACUUUACAACAGAGUUUGAAAGGCAGACCAAGUUGCUUUCAGGCUGUAACUGAAAUGUUUUUAUGAAUGGAAAUCAUAUGAAAUUAGGUAUUAAUGUGAAUUCCAUGAAGCUUUUACCAGUUAAAUAAAAAAAAGUUUUUAAUUCCAUACAUUCAUGUGGGAUAAGUGAAAAAAUUAUGAAUCACACUAAAUAUCUAAGCUGUUACUGGUUGAACAAAAUUUGGAAUAAGAAAUGUAUGGAAUGGGUAAUUCUUUUUGAUUCCGUAAAAAUACAACAGUUACAAUGAAAGAUCAUUUAUAAAGCAAUCCUAAUUUUUUUUUUAAUGAAUGGAAAAAUAACAAUUUCUUUGUGAAAGCAUCCAACAACUUAAACUUUAAGGAAUACUAGAUAUUGACCCGCGCUUUAAAAGCGCGGGAUUUGUUUGAUGUUAAAUUUAUAUAUCAAACAAUGUAUACUUCGGUUGUAUAUAGUAAAAACAUAUUAUGAUGCGUAAUACUAUUUCAUAGUUACAUAUUUGAGAUUUUACUUUAUGUUUUGAGUAAGUGACAUCAAUUCUCAUUAGUUUAAUAGUAUAUAUAUAUAUAUAUAUAUAUAAAUUAUUUUAUUUUUAACUAAAACACCAAGAUAGAUAAUCAUCUAUAUGCACUUUCAAAAUUUUAAAUAUGCAAAAAAUAUAUAGUACAUAUAUCAUAUUUAUGUUUUUAAGUAUAACUUAGGAAUAAAAGUGAGAUUAUAGAUUUUUUUUAUAACGUUAUAGGACAACAUAUUUUUAUCUUAACCUUAAAAUUGCUCAUAUUUUGUUUAUAAUAUGUAUAUAGCAUUAAUUUAAAAUGUUUAGACUUUUUUUUAAAAAAAUUAUACUAUAUGAAUUAAUUUAUUAAGAAUGGACUAAACAAUAGGCCAGAAAAAUAUUUGUCAAUAUUUUUAUCAAUAUAAACCAAGAUGAGGUGUUAUUAAGGAUCCAACCGCUUUAGAACAGCCCAAAAACGAAAUUGGCCCAAACCGAUAUCACUGUUUUGAUCUUCAUCGAUCGGAAGACUAAUUGCUUUCUUCCUUUGUCAUUUUCAGACAAAUGCAUCGGUUAAUAGAAAAUAAAAAAUAAAAAAUAACCUUCAUAUGGAGAUUAAAGAAACCAAUCGGCUCUUCCACGAUUCAACUCAAGAGGCAUCUCCAAGGAUGGCUUAAAUGGAAUGAAAUAGGAUGAAAUAGAUUCCGAUCUGAAAAAUUAACAGUCAGACAUUAGUGAGCUCUAUCGAUUUGAUAUUGAAAUGAGCAAAUCUCCAAAGGUUUGCCUUUGUCCUAGAGUAAAUUGUUUCAGAUACCAAUUUUAAAGUUUUUUUUCUCUUGCAAGGAUUAAUGAAGUUAAUAUUACUUGUCUUAUUUUUAAAAUAUAUAAUUGUUUUUAAAUAUUAGUGUCUUACUUUUAAAAUAUAUAAUUUUUUUAUUAAAACAAAAUGUAUAAUUGUUUAAAAAGGUAUAUAUUUAUAAUUUAAAUAUUGUCAUAUUUAUCCGUAUCAAAUUUAUUAGCCCGUUUUUAUUUUUAGUUAACAAAAUUCGCGGUUUCCUGUUUUGAUUGGUUUCUUAUUGAUAUGUUGAAGAUACGAUGAAUUUAAAUGAUUGGUUGUAUUCCAUAUUGUUAUGUAAAUAUCUAUUUCAGAAGAUAUUACUUAUUUUUUAAAUAAGUUUCUUUAAUAUCCAAGUAUAUUCCAUAUUGUUAUGUAUAGAUGCUCUUCAACGUGGUUUUAUUUGCGGAUUUUAUAUAUAUAUAUAUAUAUAUAAUUGCAAUUAAUAAAAGAUUUGAAAAUACAUUUGGCGAGAAAAAGAGUAUAUUUGUAUACAAAUCUAUGACUUCUGAUAAAAUUAUUUAUAUAACUGUUUGAAAUUAUUUACAAACCUAACGUGUUUAGCCAUAACAGGAUUCUUAUGUUGUGUUUUAUUUUACAGUUUGGAUGUACUGCAAAUAAUUCAAAAAUCAAGAUCUAUAAAAGAGGAAUAACAUAGAUGCCAUGCUACAUGAUACUUUAAAAAAUAAGUUAAGUAAGGACUAUUCAAUCACCUAAUAUUAGAACUGAAUUAGUAAUAACUUUCCAUUCACCAUCUCGACAGUGUCUCGAGGUGUUGCAACAAUGAUUAUUUGCAACUGGCAUGGAUUUUCACACCCUAAAACAUGUAAAAAAAAGGCUGAAGUAUAUAUAUUAUAAAUAUAUAAUAGACGAUAGUUCCAUAAUCAUAGGGCUUACAUUUUCGUCUAUUAGAACCAUCUGAAGAGAAGAACCAAAUUGGGGAUUGCAUGACUUCCACGUAUGAAGCACUUUCACAUGAACUCUCUAUGCAGAUUGGAAAGGCUUAACAUCACUUAGAUUGCUGGUUUUGAUUAUGGAACCCAUAAGUGUAGAUCACGGUAGACAGUUUGGAGGUUUAGAAUGGUUAUAUUUGUUGUGUUUGAAAGGCUAUUUAUAUACUUCAUUAUUUGGCUUCUAGAAGUGUGAAUGCUCUCAAAAAACUUAACUCAUAGACAGCAAGCUAUCCUUGAUCAUAUAUUCAGAAUACACGCAGAAAUAUGUAUUAGAAAGCAUGUAAAUUUGGCUAACAACUUAUAAAAGGUUAGAUGUCAGGAAUAAAACACUAAAAAUAACCAAAAUACCUACUUGUUUCCAGCCAAAUAUCCAAAUACCCAAUUUUCAUGUUAGUGUUAGGUAUUUAGUUUUACAUUAUUUAAAUUUAUGUAUUGUAUAUUAUUUUUAGUUUUGGAUUUUAAAUAUUAAAUAUUAUAUUUGGAUUUUUAAUUUUUAUAUAAUUCAAAUGAGAACUUAACCCGUAAUGAUCUAAACCGAAUUUUAACUAAAAUUUAUAAAUAUUCAAAUCGGGUAUAAAUCUCUAUUAAAAUACCAAUAUCCGAAUACUCUGAUUCGAACCCAAACGUUUACCUUCAGCUUUAAACAUACUUAAUUAAUUAUUCAUAGCAUGAUUAAUUAGACCGUGUUAAUUCUUUUAACCUAUGCUAUUUAAUUAAGCAUAUACUUAAGAUCAAACAGUCAUAUAAGAAAAGAAAAUCAUCAUAUAUGACAAAAUACAAAAACGUUUUCGGUGUUUUAGUGGAAACAACGCACUCUCCUGGUCCCAUACCACUGGUUCAAUCUAUUCCCAGCCCGUUUUUAAUUUGUUGUUUUUUGUUUUUUCCGUUAAUGGUAUAAACGUAAUUUCUUUAUCUUCUUCCCCAGUCAAAUUAGGUUACGCAGAAAAGAGUUUUACAGCCGCCAUUGUUUUUUGGUGUAGAAUCCAUAGUACCGGAUUUUAACCUAUAGAAACCAAAAAAGUAAAAAAAAAAUUGAUGAUUUUGAUUUAGUGGCCGAUUAUGAGAAAGAUAGCGGUUGUAAGUCACCAUGAAUCUCAUAUCGAGAUUUCAAGAGUAGAACUGGGUUUUUUUCAAAAAAAAAAAAAAGUAGAACUGGGUUUCUGCUACUGGGUUAAAUCCUGAAAGUUUGAGUAUUCAUCAAAAAUCAAAAAUAAUAAUGUACUCAUUUCUGCAGGAAGAAAGAUAAAAAAAACGUAGAUAUAGUGGAAAGGGACAACGGCAAUAUCUCGUUUGUUGGAAUAAAAAAAUUUCAAAAAAUACAUAAUUUAAUUAAAAACAUAGCUUAAAAAUAUUCUAGUGGCAGAUAUCUGUAAAUAUUGUUGAAACAGAAGGGCACCUCAAAAAAGAAUCUUCUGUUUUAAUAGUAUUGAAGUGGAAUGAGUGGAAUAAUUUUAUUUUUAGUUUAAUCAAUAAAUACAUUUUAUUUCUAGUCCAAUUCUAUACAUUCCAUUUAAUAAUAUUCCUUAAUUUAACUGGUCGUUACAUCCAUGAUAAAAAUUGUAAGGAAUGAAAUGAAUAGAUAGAAAGAAAGAAAAAAAUAUCCAUCUCAUUCAUUUUAUCCCGUAAAUUACAGUUAUUUCAUUUUAUUAUUCCAUUUAUUCUGAUUCAUUUAUUCCACCAGUCUGUAUUCACACAUUCAUAAAAAUGAUUACCAGUUUCAGCCUUAAUAGUCAUUUCCUUUCUUUAUAUUUAAUUUUCUUAUAUAUACUAAAAAUAAUUAAAUGUUCUGUUUUGGUUUUGAUAGAUAUGUAAUAUAUCAUUUUGUUUGGUUUUGUAAAUUAAUAAACUAAUAAAUAAAAAUAAAAUUGAAAUUUUGUCAAAUAUUUGCAUCAAAAAUGUAAAACAACACGUGAUAUCAUAUGAAGGAAAUAGUAAUACUAAAUUUCGGUCAUAUAUGAAUAUGCGCCCCAAAACCGCCAGUAAAAGUGGAUCCAACCUUGAGAACGUGCCAACAGCCUCCUGAAUACGUAAAUGUCACUAUCAGAUAAGAUUUGAUAUUGAUAUAAUUUGGCGAUAAAAUACUACGAAUGUGUGUAACUCGUGACAAAUAUAUUAAUGGGCCAGUACAAUAAUUCAUGUCUAUAAAUACACAACUCAGAAACCGUUACAGAUACACUUGAAAAAGAAAAAAAAAUGUUUACCGAAGAAAAAAAAAAUACAAACUAUGGAACAAUAUUUGUCUACUGCUUCUUCUGUCUUGUUUUCAUCGUGGAAGUAGUAAGAUUUGCAAAACCUUACUACAACCUUCAAAACCUGAUGGAGACAGAAGCAGUACUCGAAGAAGGAUUGUUGGACGCGGGGAUACUUCCUUGUAACAUUAGGAGCUCUGUCUCUGUUCCUGCUAGGAAUCACAAAAAGCUCUCGGCAACAAUAAGGGAAGAGACGAGAACUCGUCCUCCAGUUACGUACUGUGUGAAGUUCGAGUCAUUUGACACAAUGUCUAAACUGGUCAAAGACAACGGUGACAAGUACGAGUCACAUCCUUUCUCAGCCGGUGGAUACAAUUGGACGUUCUUAGUCUACCCAAAUGCGGACAAGCCAGUGGGCUCGGGUGGAUACGUUUCGCUAUACGUUAAAAUCGAUAACUCAAGCUUCAUCGAGAAUCAGAACGAAGUGUAUGCAUGGAUCAGAUUCCUCACCUAUAAAAGCACUACGGACACGUACCAUGAGUUCUAUGUGACUGACGCGCAGAGGUUUCACUUGUUUAAACAAGAGUAUGGAAUGCUAAACUUUCUUGAGAUUGGGUAUUACCAAACUCCGGUCCAUGGAUUCAUUUUCAACGGCGGGCAGAGUGUGUUUGGCGUUGACAUCGUGGUUUCUAAUCCCCCUCUAUGGGAGGAUGUCUCUUAUGAAGAAAACAUUCCUGGCCCUGCUAUCGGCUGGAGAAUCUACAACUUCAGUAGCGGCGAGCAUGACUCUUACACUUCUAACCCGUUUUCUUCUGGAGGAAGAAACUGGGUAAUGAAAGUUUAUCCAAAUGGAGUUGGGACUGGAAAGGGUAAUUCGUUGUCAAUUUAUUUGUUGAGUGCGUCAAACAAAAAGGGUUACGUGAAAGCCAAGUUUAGAGUUAUUAACAAGACCCCAUCCAAAAAUGUGGAGAAACAAGUGGAGGGAUGGCCCAAUGCCGAACAAAAUGGAUGGGGUGUCGACAAACUUAUAUCUAUUGCAGAUGUCCAAGACCCGUCCAAAGGUUUCCUCGUCAACGAUGCCAUCAAAGUUGAAGUCGAGAUCAUGGCUUUCACUUGAGCCGACUCCAUCUAUAACUAAGCGCUUAAGAUAAUCUCAAAAUCAUCACUUGUACGUUUGUUGCUUUUCCUUUAAUAACCGGAUGGAUGUAGUUCCACGGGUGGCCAAGUGAAUAUGAAUCACUAUCACUAUGGUUCACUAUUUAUGUUUCUGUGCAAUAAUAAAGAGUCCGAGCUUUUUUCUUUGUAAAACUUGAUCAGUAUCAAAAGAUCACAUUAAACACUUAAACUUGAUAGGGUUCGAUAUAUAAAUGAUCAAAGAAAAGCUCACAAGGAGAGGGAGAAAG